AUGGCUGCCGUUUUGCUGCAGAACCGCAUUCUUCUUUGCGAGCACGCCGAGCAGUUGCGACUCAAGACAGAGCCCAAGAAGGUAGACAAUGUGCCUGCAGAGGAGCUGAUACAGCACUUCGCGGGGACGCAGGAGUUGUGGACGACGAUCCCCUUGACCGUUCAGAUUCGCAUCGUCUUCCGCUUGGAGAUGGCCGGCGCGCGACACCUGCUCUGCUACAGGUGUGCGGAGUCGGUCUUCAAUGACCUGGACGAGUUGGAGGCCAUGGACAUGGACGUCCGCGAGAAGUUCGACUUCGAGGCCUACAAUUCCUACCUGGACAGCAGCAUCAACGACUCCAUCACGGUGCUUCCCUACAAGACGGUGGAGGUGGUCUUCAACAACAUCAACAUGUGGAUGAACAUCCAACAUCCAGAUCCCCGAUACAUCUUCUGGGACCUACAGAACAAGGACUACUGGCACGCCUUCGCGCCCAAGGUAGCAGGGCUGCGGCCGUGUUUCUCGGCCUGCCGGUUUCCAAUGGCGGGCCGCGACGAAGGCUGGUGCCAGCAGCAGCGGCGGGAGUUGCUACAGGAGCUCCGGAAGGUGGUGCAGAUGCAGCGCGCCCACAAGAACUUGGGCACCCGGUGGGUGACGAGCCCUCACCUACUCCGCUUCCUUGAGGCUGGCCUCCGCAUCCGUGCCGAGUUGGACAUGGAGGGGCACGUGAUCUUCGACGACGAGGAGGAUGGCAAGGGUGAGGAGACCUCGCGAGUCCUGGAGCUGCGCAAGAACCUAUCAGACUGGGAGCGUGCCCUGGAAGCCAAGACGCCCCUUGAGUACAAGCUCAGCGGCAUGCCGAUGCACUUCAACUAUUUGGAUUUCGACGAGAUUGCGGACAAAGUGGUGGACCUCUGCCCUUUUCUGCUGACGCGUGACAAGAGCGCGCAGUUUGCGGUGGCCUGCCACCUCGUGCCCCUGCCUGGAGAGGUCCCGUCAGGGGCCGGUUACCGGUUCGUCGGCUUCGGUUGCGAAUGA